AUGGCACCUUCCGUCGCUAGUGUCCCGUCCCUCGAGACGGCGCGAGAAGUAAUCGCGAAGUCGAGAAACUCAGAAUUCCCUCCCAAUCUACUCCCUGUCACGGCAUCGAUCUCUGCCGACCUCUUGACCCCAACAUCGGCAUAUCUGAAGAUUGCAGAGAACUCGCGUUUGUCAUUCUUAUAUGAGAGUGCUGCUACUACAGAGACUAUUGGACGAUACAGCUUUGUUGGUGCAGACCCUAGAAAAGUUAUAAAGACCGGCGAGGGGCAUGGCCCAGCAGCGGAUCCCCUCCCAUACCUCGAGGAAGAGCUCUCUCAGUUCCGCGUUGCGACAGUCCCUGGAUUGGUUCUCCCGCCACUGACAGCCGGAGCUAUCGGAUAUGUUGGAUACGACUGUGUUAGAUACUUUGAGCCCAAGACGGCGCGGCCGAUGAAGGAUGUGCUCGGAGUACCCGAAUCGUUCUUCAUGCUUUUCGAUACCAUCAUCGCAUUCGAUCAUUUCUUCCAGGUCGUUAAGGUCAUCACAUACGUGCCCAUUCCCUCGGCGGACGCCGAUAUCGAAGCUUCAUAUCUCCAGGGCCAGACGAUCAUUCAAAAAACAAUUGAUACGCUGCUCCAGGAGCGUAUACCUCUACCACCCCAGGGUCCGAUCAUUCAGAACCAGGAGUACACAUCCAAUAUCGGACAAGAAGGAUAUGAGGGCCAUGUCAACCGGCUGAAGCAGCACAUCGCCAAGGGCGAUAUUUUCCAGACCGUGCCAUCACAGCGACUAUCACGACCCACUUCUCUGCACCCCUACAACCUCUUCCGCCACCUUCGCACUGUCAACCCUUCACCUUAUCUGUUCUAUAUCGACUGCCAAGACUUCCAGCUUGUGGGAGCCAGUCCCGAGCUCCUGGUUAAGGAAGAGCGGGGACGCAUCAUCAGCCACCCCAUCGCCGGUACUGUGAAGCGCGGCAAGACCCCGGAGGAGGAUGCUGCUCUGGCCGACGAGCUCCGCAGCAGUCUUAAGGAUCGCGCCGAGCACGUCAUGCUGGUCGAUCUCGCCCGCAACGACGUAAACCGAGUCUGCGACCCCACCACAACACAAGUUGAUCGCCUGAUGGUCGUGGAAAAAUUCUCACACGUGCAGCACCUGGUUUCUCAGGUCUCCGGAGAGUUGCGGCCAGGUAUGACCCGCUUCGAUGCAUUCCGAUCCAUCUUCCCCGCCGGCACAGUCUCUGGUGCACCUAAGGUGCGCGCCAUGCAGCUCAUCGCCGAGCUGGAGGGUGAGAAGCGUGGCGUUUACGCUGGUGCCGUUGGAUAUUUCGGAUACGAUAGUGCCAAUGCCGAUGGCUCCGCUCAGAUGCCCGGUGCGAUGGAUACCUGCAUUGCGCUGCGCACCAUGAUGGUCAAGGAUGGCGUUGCUUAUCUCCAGGCUGGUGGUGGUAUUGUCUUCGACUCGGACCCCUAUGAUGAGUACGUUGAGACGCUGAACAAGCUCGGUGCCAACAUUGCUUGCAUCAAGGGCGCUGAGGCGAAGUACCUGAGCAUGGAAAACUAA